AUGGAGGCUAUACCGAAGAGUCCAGUGAUGCAACAUCGUCAAGAUACUCUGGAGCAAGUUCGAAAAAUGUUUGAUCUGGAUAAGCCGGGGCAGAUAGACCAAGCCAUAGAUAUUUUAAAAGAAUGGGCAAGGAAACAACCGCAUUUCAUUAACAAGGAGUUUGAUAGAGUUUAUUUAGAAGGUUACAUUAUUAGAGCAAAAGGAUCCGUGGAAAAGGCGAAAGAGCGCUUGGAUAGCAUGUGCAUGCUGAGAACCACUUUCUCGCACUUUUACAAAGCUACAAAGGCGAACGAGUUGAAAAACACGAAAACAAUACUUGAAUUCGUUCUACCGAAACAGACAAAGGAUUAUUGCACAGUCUAUUUUUUAAAAAACCAUGAAUAUAAUUUUGGAGACGCUUUUCUAUUGAACUAUUUUAGGAGAGCGGCAAUCUAUGUAGAUUAUUUAUGCAAAUAUGAUUACAACGCCGGCAUGAUAUACGUCAUUGAUGUGACUGACACUGAUUUACUGAAAAACAUGACGGCUCUGACAAGUCCCUUUGUUCGUCAGUCGUUGCUAGUGUUUUUUAAAGCAUACGGAGCUCGCGUCCGGGGUCUCCACAUUUUGACCAAUUCCAAAUUAGUGGAAAGUAUCAUGAAUGUAUUGAAACCAUUGCUGGGUGAUAAGGUAGAUAGAUUGUUAGUGCACAGAAACCAAGAGUCCUUGUUUGAGCACGUGGACAAAGAUUUGAUGCCCGCAGAGUACGGCGGUAAGGAGGAGCCAAUGCAUGUACUUGCGGAAAAGAUGAUGGACUUCCUGAGUACAGAUGAAGUGAUGAAAUACAUUGAAGAACUUAAUGAACAUACAGUCGAUACAAAAAUAAAACCGAUACCCGAGGAACACAACGAGUACCUUGGUGUAUCUGGUAGCUUCAGAACUCUAGCCGUGGAUUAA